GCAAAGGCAUAACCAAACAUCAGCUAAUCCAGAACUAGUACAGACAAAAUCUCAAACAGAAUUAGAACAACCCGCUCACCAAACAGACGCAGAAACAUCGAUUGGAAUAAACGAAUCCGUUUAUCACAGUUAAUCAUCCACAUCUUUCUUCCCAAUUCCCAGGACGAAUUAAAGGUUUUUGCAUGAGAUGGGGCGCAUUUUGUCUUUGAUGAUCUACUAGGGCAGUGCAUAAAUUAUUCUGAACUGUUUCACAUCUGUGGAAUGAAUUUUGGAAAUGGAAGGUAAUCCAGACCCUGAGAACUGCAUGAUGAUUGAAGAAGGUUACAAACGAAGUAUGCAAAUUGAUUCAAGUAGAGCACGAUUUCCAUGCUGCAUUGUUUGGUCACCCCUUCCUGUCAUUUCCUGGCUGAUUCCUUUCAUUGGCCAUAUUGGCAUUUGCAGAGAGGAUGGGGUGAUUUUGGACUUUGCAGGGCCCAACUUUGUGUGCGUAGACAAUUUUUCAUUUGGGGCAGCUACUCGUUACGUCCAAGUGAACAAGGAACAGUGUUGUAUUUCUCCUUAUUUGUCUGCAUUGAAUGGUGAUGAUCAAGACCAACCAAAUGAACAAGGAAGAGACACAUUGACUUGGGAUGGUGCACUACGAAAGAGUACACAGGAGUUUCAACACCGAUCAUACAACCUUUUUACUUGCAAUUGCCACUCUUUUGUAGCGAACAACCUGAACAGGUUAGGUUUUAAUUCUGGUGGGUGGAAUGUGGUGAACUUAGCUGCAUUUAUGUUCCUCAAGGGUCGUUGGGUAAGCUGUACAUCCAUAUUGCGAACUUUCCUACCGUUUAUUAUAGUAACCUUUCUUGGACUUACAUUUGGCGGCUUGACCUACAUCAAGUUUUUGGCAUUCUUCACCCUGCUUCUGGUCGGUUGGUUUCUUAUUGGUACUUACUGUUUCAGUAAUGUGAUCCAAUUGUAGCUUUCACGAUAUUGGAUCAUCUUAAUGUACAAGGCCUGUAGUUCACCACUUUACAUUCAUCGUUAUACGAUUGAAGUAAUCAGAUUGUACUUUGAGCAAUAUGAACUAUGACAUCUUAUUUUUA